AUGCCCCCUCCUACCACUUCCUCAGCGCCAGCGGGUGCCUCCACUAGGAUCGCCCACCCUUCCUCAACCAUCCAUAGGCAGAUACAACACCUCCUCUGGAUAUCCAUAGGGCUCAGUACCGUCUUCAUUGCGCUCAGCAUGGUCCACAUCGGUUCGCUAUCCUUCUUCGUUGCCCCUGCCGCAUUUGGGCUCUCCUUCAUCCACAACGUCACUCUCCUCGCACUCUCCCGUAAAGAACGAAAGGCCGGGCCAGAAGCGCUAGCAGGCAAGCUCCCUGCGACGGCACGGAAGGCGACCAUUAUCUCCGGGUGGUUCAUUACGCUCGUCUAUGCAGGGGCGGUUGGGGUGACCGCAGCCUUCGUGAUUAUUAUCGGGAAUUGGGGAGAGGUCCCAAAGAGGACUGUGAUUGUAGGGUACUUCGAGUGGAUUUUUGGGCUGUUUGAGAUGGUUGUGAUGGGAUUCCUGGCGUUGAAGUGCACACGCGAGCGACAGCAGAUCGUGGGCCUCGCGAAUACGGCGAGGUGGUAUCAAUUAGGCAACUAUGACAUGUAA